CUCUCUCUCUCUCUCUCUCUCUCUCUCUCCCUUCUCCCCUGGGAUAUAUAUAACUCCCACCAACUCAAAAUCUUCGCUCCCUCUGCAUCCACUUCCGUUCUCUACACCGUUCUAGAGCGGGAAAAAGAGAAAAGUCGAAACGGCAAACAUUUGAUCCAAUAAUCAAACUUGGUUUUUCUUGCUUCUGCCUUUUGUACUGUGGAUUCCCAAAUGGCGAACCUAAUGGGUGUCGAUGAGGAUCAGCAAUGGCUGCUAAACUGCUUGUCUGCUACCCUCGACCUUAACCAGGAAGUUCGUUCCUUUGCCGAAGCUUCGCUUAAUCAGGCCUCUCUUCAACCAGGUUUUGGGGCCGCAUUAACGAAGGUUGCUGCUAACAAGGAGCUUCCAUUAGGACUGCGCCAGCUGGCUGCCGUCCUUUUAAAGCAAUUCAUUAAGAAACACUGGCAGGAGGGUGAGGAUUCUUUCGAACAUCCUGCUGUUUCAAGCGAGGAAAAGGCUAUUAUACGUGGACUUCUUUUGUCAUCAGUGGAUGAUUCUCAGAAGAAAAUCUGCACGGCAGUUAGUAUGGCUGUAGCAUCUAUUGCAACCUAUGACUGGCCCAACGGUUGGCCUGAACUAUUGCCAUUUCUCAUUAAGUUGAUUAGCAAUCAAAACAACAUGAAUGGAGUAUAUGGAGCCCUAAGGUGCUUGGCUCUUGUCUCCGGGGACUUGGAUGAUAAAGUGGUGCCUUCGCUAAUUCCAGUUUUAUUCCCCUGCUUGUAUACAAUUAUAUAUGUAUCUAAUGUAUAUUAUGUUCAGACAGAAACAGCUGCUUUAAUGAUACCAAUGCUGAAGCCAUGGUUGGAUCAAUUCUCUGCCAUCUUGGAACAACCAGUUUUACCUGAAGAUCCUGAUGACUGGGGCAUCAGAAUGGAGGUUUUAAAAUGCUUGAACCAGGUUGUUCAGAAUUUCCCUGGUCUGGCUGAAAGAGAAUUUAUGGUUAUCAUGGGGCCUUUAUGGCAGACAUUUGUUUCAUCUCUUCAAGUAUAUGUGCGGUCAUCAAUAGAAGGUAUAGAAGAUCCAUAUGAUGGAAGCUAUGACUCGGAUGGCGUUGAGAAAAGCCUUGAUUCCUUCAUCAUCCAGUUACUGGAGUUUCUUUUGACCAUGAUCGGUAGUGCAAAGCUGGUAAAGGUCAUUGCAAAUAAUAUCAAGGAUUUGGUAUAUUACACAAUUGCUUUCUUGCAGAUGACCGAUCAGCAGGUUCGUACUUGGUCAAUGGAUGCCAAUCAAUUCGUUGCUGAUGAAGAUGAUGCUACUUACAGUUGUCGUGUCUCUGGUGCACUUUUACUGGAAGAGGUUGUGACUUCUUCUGGUAGAGAAGGUACUGAAGCUAUUAUAGAUGCUGUGAGGAAACGAGUAAGUGAAUCUCAAGAAGAAAAGGUUACUGGUUCAGCAGUUUGGUGGAGAAAAAGAGAGGCUGCUUUAUUUGCUUUGGCUUCUUUGUCAGAUCACCUGCUUGAGGCAGAGGGUUCAGGUCUGACCAACAUUAACCUAGGUAACCUUAUAGAGCAGAUAAUCACUGAAGAUAUUGGUUCUGGGGUACAUGAAUGUCCAUUUCUUUAUGCUCGUAUAUUUGCAGCAGUUGCCAAGUUCUCUACUGUGAUCAGCACUGGAGUUCUUGAGCAUUUCCUCCACACAGCUAUUAAAACCACUGGCAUAGAUGUUCCUGCAUCUGUGAAAGUAGGUGCCUGUCGGGCACUUUCGCUGCUCCUACCUGAAGCAAAUAAAGGAGUUAUUAUGCCUCAACUGAUGGGCCUGUUUUCAUCCCUUACUGAUCUUCUUCAUCAGGCAUCUGAUGAAACUUUAAUCCUGGUACUUGAAACACUACAAGCAGCAAUCAAGGCUGGUCGUGAAGUUUCAGCUUCUGUAGAGCCAAUUAUCUCUCCUGUAAUCCUUAAUCUGUGGGUGUUGCAUGUUUCAGAUCCUUUCAUUAGUAUUGACAUUAUUGAGGUCUUAGAGGCAAUGAAAAAUGCUCCCGGUUGCAUUCAUCCAUUGUCUUCACGCAUUUUACCCUAUAUUGGGCCAAUCAUAAAUAAUUGGUGGUUUUCAGCCUCGACAACAUGCCAAUGGUUUAGUGGCUGGAUCUUUGGAUCUUGUGACAAUGCUUUUGAAGGCAAGUUAUUGGCACGGUGGCCAUUAUAA